UCACUUUUCUCGCCCGUGUUGUGAUCCUUUCAUUGAAAAAAAAAUCUAUAACAAUGAUUUUUGGCCACGAAAACAUCGAGGUACUCGAAGAGAUUGUUCUGGUAGAUGAUGUCGAAGGAUCUGCCGAAAAAUCAAUCAGCAGCGAUAGCGGAAGAAAGAGGAAGAAUCAAUCUAAUCAGGAACAAAUGUAUGCUGUGUUUGUGGAUGUACUGGAGGAAGUAGGAAAAAUUUUACUUUCCAAAUCGCAAACACCUGUGCGGGAGAAGAAAAAAAUAGCGUUGGCGGCGAUGCGACAGCAGUUGUUCAUCCGAUGUGGAUUGGAGUUCUCUGGCGACCAAAUAUUGAAGAAAAUCAAUAACAUGAAGACCACUGUUAAAGAAAAAACGGAUACCAAAAAAACAGGGAACGUUAAAAUUGUGCUCAACCAACCGCAAGAAAAGUUUUAUGGACUGCGGGGGGUGUUGACAAUCCCAGCAUCAUCAGCGUUCCGUAUGGUCUGGCAGUAUGAAGCAAAAAUAUUGCAAUGGGGAAGGAUCCACCGAAGGAGGAGCAUGAUUCUUCUGAUGAUUAUGAUUAUAAGAGCUUGCAGAACGAGUUUCUGGCGCCCAGUCAAGCGUGUCAAACACUAAAAACAAAUCAAAAAUCGACACGUGGCAGAACACAACAAACAGUGUGUGAGGAGCACCUUAUGUUCCUGAAAAAGCAACAAGAUUAUACGGAUGUAAUGUAAGCCAACCAAGAAGAGCGACACCAAAAAGAAAUGGAG